GCGGUGGAUUUAUUCAUUCAGAAGUGAUGGAGAAGAAAGAGUUAGAUUUGGUUCUGGUGCCGAUUGGGUUGGUGAUCAUGGUUUCCUACCAUGUUUGGCUGUUCUACAGAAUCAAACGGCACCCCAAGACCACCGUCCUCGGCAUCAACGCCAUUAACAGAGUCGCCUGGGUGAAAGCCAUGAUGUCUGACCCGGAGAAUGGAAUUCUAGCAGUACAGACACUUCGCAACAGUAUCAUGGCAGCCACCCUCCUUAGCACCAUGGCCGUCAUGCUAAGCUCUCUGAUCGUGGUCUUGAUGACCAGCAACUCCGUCGGUUUAUCAUCUGGGGGCAAUUCCGAAUACGGCGGCGGCAUCGUCUACGGCAACAGCAGCAAACUGCUGCUUUCGAUCAAGUUCUUCGCCAUCUUACUGUGUGCCCUAACAGCUUUCCUUCUAUUUGCUCAGUCGGUGAGGUACUCUAACCACACCGGCGUCCUCAUCAACGUGCCCUUCAAGAAUCAAGCUCCAACUAUCACGCCGGAGUAUGUGGGGAGGAUCAUGAACAAGGGCAGCGAUUUCUGGUCGCUUGGAUGGCGUGCUUACUAUUUCUCUUUCCCUCUGUUUCUCUGGAUCUUUGGCCCCAUACCAAUGUUCCUUUGCUGCGUGGUGAUGGUUUUCUUGCUCUAUUUUCUUGACAUUUCCAAUCACCCUGUGCUCACGCGUGCAGAGGCUCAAAAUGCAGAGAAUGAGCGAUCUGCAUAAGAAGAUCUCUUACGUCUUCAAUGUAUAGGUUAGAUUGAUGCUGCUUUUGAAGAAAAUAUAUACGUGUA